UAAAUAAAUAAAAACAAAAAUAAAAUCUGUCUUAUUCGAUCGUCCAAUGUCACGCCUCCGCCGACUUAAAUCAUCAACGCUCAUCGUUUCAUAAUUAAACCACUAGGUGCAAGCGCAGAGCAUCGGAUUCAGCUUCAUCAGUUCCACAUUUGAUUAGAAUGAGAAAUUCGAUUAAUCGCCCACCAACGCCUGUUGCGGAGGAAGAUCAAGAUCAUCAGCCCACUCUUCAAGAAAUCAUCAACAUCAAGCUGAUCGAGAGCGGCGAAAAAGAGCGACUGAAGGAGCUUUUGAGGGAGAGGCUCAUAGAAUGUGGUUGGAGGGAUGAAAUGAAAUCUCUUUGCAGGGCGUUUGCAAGGAAGAAGGGAAGGAAUAAUGUUACUGUAGAUGACCUUGUGCAAGUUAUUACGCCCAAGGGAAGAGCUUCUGUUCCUGAUUCUGUGAAGGCUGAGCUGUUGCAGCGAAUCCAGACUUUUCUUGCAUCAGCUUCUAUUUGACGUUAUAUGAUAGAUGCAGCUGAUAGGGGCACCCAUCGAGAGUCGCGCACUGCAGCUUUCCCUGUGAAGUGGAGUUUCUCUGCUUUGUUAUUCCAAGUUAGCUUUAAUGAAGUGGUGUUUUGAGUUUAUGGUUUCUUCUCGGAAUCACAAGUUGCAUAGAUAAAGGGAAACUGUUAUUUUCUUCGGAUAUCAGGCAUGGCAAAAGAAAUAGGGAUUUUGAAGUUAUAGUGCAGAGUCCCGAAGCCUGUCAUCUUUCUUCCUUUUUUUUUUUUUUAAAAAAAAUGAGGAUAUUAUUGAAAUUUCAUGUCAAUCCUGUUAAAGAACUCAUGAAAAAAUAGACGAAAGAAUCUACUUUAUAUUAUUACUGUCGCUGUUAUUGUUACUUUAAGUUUUAGUGAUAUCAAUUAUGAAAUUGUUUGUCUGGAUACGUGAAGCUCCCUGUGGAAACCAAGUGGGGAGGAACAUUGCAUGAGUUAUUGCAAUUCCAAAUGUUUCCGAUUCAAAGAGGAUGCCUAUGUGACUAUGCUAUAUUUUUGAACAUUCACAAUUGAACUGGAAUCUGUGUUCCAAAGAAUUUUUGAACUUCAUAUUUGAUGGACUUGAAAUUUGAAUUUAUAGAAGCCAUUUUGAAGUUGGAAGAGGCUUUGCUUUUCAAUCCAAUAAACAUGAUGCUCUAUGGUGCCUGGGAAAUGCCCACACCUCUCAAGCAUUUCUCACUCCUGAAGUUGAUGAGGCAAAGGGUUCUUUUGAUAGGGCGCAUCACUGUUUCCAAAAUGUGGUAGAUGAGGAUCCAACUAACGAGCUCUAUUGUUAGUCCUUAGAAGUUACUGCUAAGACGCCAGAGUUGCUCUGCUCAUGGAGAUCCACAAGCAUGGGUUUGGUCAACAGACUAUGAAUGGGGGAACUUCUACAAAGCCGACAAUUACCCAAAUAUAGCCAACUUUUUUUUUUGGUUGAACUGUAUAGUUUCAUCUUCUUUUGGUUCGCUUACAAUGCUCAGGAGCUAUGAAUUUCCUGUGCAAACCAGACCCACUUGCGAGACACGACUGGGUUUAUAGUAUGGAUGAUAUGCUCGUUCCAAGAUUUGAAAUUGUUCAAUUUCAAGCGCAGAGGUCUAGACUUUGUUGGCUCUGAUAUUGUUGUUUUCAACGUAGCACUUAUGGCGGGUGAUUUAUGAAAUUGUUGAUGAAAUCUCUGUGACGGGCUGCCGAGGUGCUGCUUUUCUGGGAUUCAAAAUGGACCGGUGGAGAUGGCUAUGGCGGAGGAAGUCUUCCGAGAAGAGUCCCGGUGAGACCGAGAGUUCAUACCCUUGAAACGGUGUUUGGUGUAUCAUGUAUGUUUUGCUUAAACGUUUGUUCCAACAUCAUUUGGCAUAAAAAUAGUAUAGUUAAAUCUGGACCGUCCAUUGUUUUUUGUUAUUUUUACUGGACCUAAGCCGGAUCCUUGUUUAUAAUACUAUUUAUAUGGGCUCAGACGCUUAGUCCUUGAAAUAAUAGAGUGACAAAGGGUGAUUUUGAAUG